CAUGAUGAAUGUAUUAACUCGCUCAGGCUGAUGGGAGGAGGCUUUCUGAAGAAACACAACUAGGUUUAGAGGCGACUGGUGGGUUGGACUAUAAAGGGGGAGCUUUGGCAGAGUGGACAUCUUUUCUCCAAGUGCGCAGGUGAUUAAACAUCGGUUCUUCCCGUCUGUUCAGGAUGCAUUUUUAUGGAGCGCUGAUCCUGUUUGUGACUGUGUCUGCGGCAUGUGGACUGACCUGCCACUCAUGUGAUGGCAAAGGCUGCACUAACAACGUCACUUGUCCCUCCAAUAUGGAUCGUUGUAGCAGCAUCGAGGUGAACGGUGUUGUCACCAAGAGCUGCAUGAGGAGAGAACGUUGUGUUGCAGCGAUACCGACACCGUGCUGCUCCACUGACUUGUGCAACGGAGCCACACACGCCGCCUCCAGCAUCCUCCUCCUGAUGGCAUCAUCGGGCCAUCGUCACGCUCUUUCUCUGAGCUACAGAUAUUAAAAUAUAUAACAAUGUUUGUCUUCUUUCAUCACCAAUUUGUACAACCUAAGAAGAAUAAAGCCUUGAUGUAUAAAAGCUGA